AAUAAUAAUAAUAAUAAUAAUAAUAAUAAUAAUAACAGCAAUGGUCAUUGCUAUGAUUGUGAUCACUCCAUGGGUGGUUCUACAUGGAGUUGCUGGCGUCGUUGGAUAUUAAUAUCUCCUGCGUAUAUAUAUACAUCAUCACCUCUACAUACUAUACGGAGAAGUACCAGUACACUAUCAUCAUCUUCUAGUGUGAUGGGUAUGAAUGAUAGCCAAACUAAUAAUAAUAAUAAUAAUAAUAAUAAUAAUAAUAAUAAUAAUAAUAAUAAUACGAAUAGUGGUAUCACAGAACCAAGAGAACUUCAAUUCUAUGAAGAGUUUCUCAUGGAUGAAGAGGAUGUACAUUAUCUCUUAUUACAUGAAGCCCACAUCAAACACGGUGUAUUAUUGAAUGUACCUCCACAAUUAGCCCCAAGUGGUUCACCACCGGAAGUACCAGAAGUGAUACUUCCAACCGCACAAGCAGAGAGAUUACGAGGAUUAAAAUUAGCGUACGAACCCACUCACAUGCCACCACCACUUAGUACUACUGGUACUAGACAACUUAUUAUUGAAGAUAGACCUCUCUCUACAAUAUCAACAUUAAAAAAAGGAGUGGAUGUUGUUCAACCUUCUACUACUACUACUACUACUACUAUUACUACUAGUGGAAAAGGAGGAGGAAGUAGUACAACUGCAGUUGUGAUGCGACGUUUACCAAUAGAUCCAAGUAUGCGAUUUCACUGUAGUGCAUGUGGUAAAGCCUUUCGAUUGGAAAUCUCUGCUGAACAUCAUGUAAAGUUAAAACAUCCUUCUAAUGUAAAGGCUUCUGUAGUAGAAGGACCUGGGGCGGGUGAAAUUAUAGAUGAAGCUGCCACUAUCAUUACUACUACUAAUAAUACUAAUACUAAUACUACUUCUACACAAGCCUCAACAUCAGGAGUUAUACAGGAAAGUAUAGGAGUUACUGGAUCUUCACAAGAAGCGAAUACUAUAUUAACAGAGAAACCACAAGAAAAAAAAGUAUCUUCUACUACUACUACUAAUACUAAUACUAAUACUAGUAGUAGUAAUAGUGGUAGUAGUGUUGGUGUAAGUUCUGUAAAGGUACCAUAUAAUAAAGCCACCUUAUCACUCCCAAGUGAAUCCCUAGUGGAUGAAUUACUGAAAGAAGUAUGGGAUACCGUAGCUCUCUCUCGUGAGGAUGUUCCUAAACAAAAUGCCCCCAAUGCGUAUAUUCCUUUUCAUACAAUAGUCGAAGGCACUGCAGAUCGCCGUGCAGAAAUGGCGGCAAUUGUGAAACCCACCGCACGGGCCACACCAGAAGGAGCAGCACCGGGAAUUAAGAAAACAGGGAUGGUGGCUGGGGGAAGUAUACUCGCCGGAAAGGGAAGAUCAACCGGACAGAUAUUGCCGAUUAAAGAACUUGUAAAGAAGUAUCCAAAUCCAUUUGGGGAUUCACCAAAUGCGGCAUUACUGGAGUUGGAGAAUGAACCGGUUAAUCCAUUUAUUCCACAAGAGGAACUUGCACUUCAAUUACAGAUUGCACGUGAGGAUACUCCUUCUGUAGCACCUAUCAUUAAUACUACUACUACUACUACUACUACUAAUAAUAAUAAUAAUAAUAAUAAUAAUAAUACUAAUAUUAAUAAUAAUAAUAAUAAUAAUAAUAAUAAUAUUAGUAGUAGUAUUAAUAAGGGUAAUAAUAAUAGUAAAAAUGCGGGAAAUGCAGAGUUAAAAGAACGACUACGGGCAUCAAAACCAAGUCUAGCACGAUCUGCCUCUAUACGUCGCUUUACAUGUCCUAUCUGUGAGUUAAAACAACAACAAGUAGAUGAAAAUGAAAAAGAAGGAAAUGAUGGAGUAAAUACGAUUCCUUCAUUUCGUCUUUUAGAUGCCCUUCUUGAUCAUGUAGAGACCAUGCACGAAGGGGAAGAACUCACAGAAGAACAGAUGCGAGUAUUAUAUGAAACUCAACGAAAGUCUAUAUUACACGCUUCAGCUGAAAGCCUUUCUCAUGAUAAAAAUGGAAAAUAUCUUCUUAAUAAUAAUAAUAGUAAUAAUGGUGGGGAUUCCAAUGAUUCUAUUAAAUCUGGUGAUCAUCCUACUUCCAUAGACACAACAGUGAAAUUAAAAUCCCUACCGGAGGAAUUACAACAGGCAGCCCCACCUUCUGCUGUAGUGGAACAACAGACCUUAUCUGUACAUGUACGUGCAGGAAAUAAUACCGUAUUGCUUGGCCGCAUUGCAGACAUUCAACAUGGAUUUCUUGGCUCCACUGCCGUAACACAAUAUGUAUUGGAGGUAAAUGGAGAAGAAAGAGUCUCAACAACAACAGAAAAGAGUGAAAAGAGUGAAAAAGAAGAUCAAGAGAUUGAAAAGGAGUUAAUAGUGAUUCGUUGCAUGGGAGAUAACUUUCCUGCGGCUCUCUUAAAGGAACAAGUGAAACCGGGUAGUAUUGUACUUGUGCAGGGAACUCUAAGAAUGAAUCGUCAUAUUGAUGCGGUGUCUAAACGAUUGCAUGCGUAUCCGUUUGUGCAGGUGGUGCCACCACUGGGAUGUGUGAGAGUCGUGCGAUAA